AUGCUAAUACCGAAACGAGCCUGUCUCUUCUUCAAACCCAGACUUGUCACUGUCCGAACACUCUCCUCUUCAAGCUACAUCGAUCAUCAUAUUAGAGUGAUUCUCAGUGAUCAGAUCUCCACUCUAGAAUCCCUACGUAAACACCACGCUCUCAUCAUCACAGGAGGAAACUCAGACAACAUCUUCGUCGCUUCGAAGCUAAUUCAAUCCUACGCUUCCUUCGGCAAACCAAAUCUAUCCUCCAAAGUCUUCGACUUGGUAACUCAAAGAGAUGUGUUUCUAUGGAACUCCAUCAUCAAAGCGCAUUUCUCCAAUAAAGAUUAUCCAAAAGCGCUGUCUUUCUUCUUCUCUAUGCUCUUGUCUUCCCAAUCGCUCGAUCAUUUCACCGCUCCGAUGGUUGUCUCCGCUUGUGCGGAGCUCACGUGGCACCACGUUGGGUGUUUCGUUCACGGAUUGGUUUUGAAACACGGAGGCUUCGAACGGAACUGUGCGGUGGGAGCUUCCUUUGUUUAUUUUUACUCAAAGUGUGGGUUUUUAGAAGAUGCGCGUAAUGUCUUCGACGAAAUGCCUGAGAGAGAUGUGUUCGCUUGGACCGCGGUUAUAAACGGGCAUGUUCAGAAUGGUGAGAGCGAGAGAGGUCUUGAGUAUCUUCGCAAGAUGCAUAGCGUUGGUUCUGAAGAUGAUGGUGAGAAGCUGAAUGCGAGAACGUUGGAAUGUGGAUUCCAAGCUUGUGUGAAUUUGGGAGCUUUGAGAGAAGGAAGGUGUCUUCAUGGUUUUGCGGUUAAAAACGGUUUAGCUUCUUCGACUUUUUCGUUUUAUACAAAAUGUGGGAGUCCAGCUGAGGCGUAUCUCGCUUUCCGUGAGCUUGGCGAUGAUGAAGAAGAUGUGUUUUCGUGGACAUCGAUUAUAGCUUCGCUGGCGAGAUCAGGGAACGUGGAGGGAAGUUUCGGUAUGUUUUGGGAGAUGCAGAGGAAGGGAAUACAGGCGGAUGGAGUUGUCGUUAGCUGUUUGAUUAAUGAGUUAGGUAAGAUGAUGCUUGUCGCUCAAGGUAAAGCCUUCCACGGGUUUGUAAUAAGGCGUUGUUUUUCUUUAGACGGUACAGUUUGCAAUGCCUUGCUGUCCAUGUACUGCAAACUCGACCUUCUCUCUGUGGCUGAGAAGCUUUUCUGUAGGAUUCGUGAGGAAGGAGACAAAGAAGCUUGGAAUACGAUGGUUAAAGGCUACGGUAAAAUGAAAUGUGACGUGAAGUGCAUCGAGUUGUUUAAAAAGAUUCUGAACCUUGGCGUUGAGAUUGACUCUGGUAGCUUGGUCUCUGUUAUAUCUUCGUGUUCACACACAGGAGCAGUGCUACUGGGGAAGUCGUUGCAUUGCUAUGCUGUCAAGACUAGCUUUGAUCUCGCCACUUCAGUGGUGAACUCCCUCAUUGAUUUGUAUGGAAAGAUGGGAGAUUUGACUGUCGCUUGGAGGAUGUUUAGUGAAGCGGAUAAGAGCAGCGUUGUAACUUGGAACUCAAUGAUUGCGUCUUAUGUUCACUGUGAGCGAUCCGACAAGGCCAUUGCGUUGUUCGAUAGAAUGAUCUCUGAGAAUUUCAAACCGAGCUCAAUAACUUUGGUGACUGUGCUAAUGGCUUGUGCCAAUACUGGAUCUCUGGAGAAAGGGGAUAAGAUUCAUCGGUACAUCACUGAGACAGAGCACGAGAUGAAUCUUUCUCUCACAACUGCUCUGAUCGACAUGUACGCUAAAUCCGGACAGCUAGAAAAGUCACGACAGCUGUUCAACAAUGCAGAUCAAAAGGAUGCGGUUUGUUGGAACGUAAUGAUCUCAGGCUAUGGAAUGCACGGAGACGUCGAAUCGGCUAUAGAGCUUUUUGAGCAGAUGGAAGAGUCUGAUGAUGUUGAACCAACCGGGCCUACGUUUCUCGCACUUCUAUCAGCUUGCACACACGCGGGUCUAGUCGAACAAGGCAAAACACUUUUCCUAAAGAUGCAGCAACAGUACAACGUGAAACCAAGCUUGAAGCAUUACUCUUGCCUGGUGGAUCUUCUAUCCCGGUCUGGUAAUUUGGAGGAAGCUGAAGCCACGGUAAUGUCGAUGCCGUUCUCACCAGAUGGAGCUAUAUGGGGAACUAUGUUGAGCUCAUGCAUGAGUCAUGAGGAGUAUGAGAUGGGGAUAAGAAUGGCAGAGCUUGCGGUUGGUAGUGUUCCGGGGAACGAUGGUUAUUAUAUAAUGCUUGCGAACAUGUACAGCGCUGCAGGUAAGUGGGAAGAGGCGGAGAGGGCAAGAGAGAGGAUGAAGGAAAGUGGAGUUGGGAAGAAAGCUGGACAUAGUGUAGUCUAUUAG